UUGGCAUCAUACGGAUUUUGUCCUUAUUUAAGGAAAUAUUUUGUAAACGUCAAAAUCAACUGUGAUAUUUAAUAAUGUUGUGUCGAAAAUCAGUAAAGCAGUUGUUGUGAAUCGGCAAAAAGAAUAUAAAAACGUAUACGUUUCUUGUUUACAUGAUCUGAUAUGUCAUAAUCAACAACCAUGUGUUGAUAUCUUCAACUUCAAAAUAUCACAUAAAGUCUGAACUUGUUUACACUAGUUACCUAUACACUGCAAGGCAUUUGUGAACAUGGGAUUCCUUGACAAGUUGGCCAAAUUUCUUGGCCUCAGAAACGAAGAGGCAAACAUCCUUGUUGUUGGGCUAGACAAUAGUGGUAAAACAACCAUACUGAAUCAAUUAAAGAGUGAAGAUACUCGUGCUAUGGACAUUGUACCCACUAUUGGCUUUUCAGUUGAGAAGUUCAAAUCAAAGUCAUUGACUAUUACAGCUUUUGAUAUGUCAGGACAAGGUCGCUACCGUACGCUCUGGGAGCAGUAUUACAGAGAUUGCCAAGGCAUCAUAUUUGUGGUAGACAGCAGUGACAAGAUACGGAUGGUGGUUGCACGAGAUGAAUUGGACAGUCUUAUAAAACAUCCAGAACUUGCAAUCAAACGGGUUCCUGUUCUCUUCUUUGCCAACAAGAUGGAUCUAAGAGAUGCAGUAUCCAGUGUCAAGGUUUCCAGUUUAAUGGGUCUAGAAGAUAUCCGUGACAAGCCCUGGCAUAUAUGUGCUAGUAAUGGACUAACUGGUGAAGGUUUACAUGAAGGCAUAGAGUGGCUAACAGAGCAGUUGAAAAGCAGCAUAGCCGCCAAGAAAAGAAAAUAAUCCAUAUGUAAACUGACAUUAGUGUUAGAUCUUGAUGGAAAAGUUGAUUUGUUAGAUAAAUAUUAAAGAGGCCUUUUCACAGUUUUUGGCAUGUUUUGAAAUAAGUCAUUAAAUGCUUUAUAUUGAUAAAUGUAAACAUUGGAUCUUAAAAGCUCCAGUAAAAAAUCAAGAAUAAAAUUUAAAAGAAGGAAAAAAAAAGUAGCCGCAGCUGGACUCGAACCAGUGACCCCAUGAGUCCUGGAGUAAGCUGGAGUAAAAACGCAUUAGCCUGCUCGGCUGUUCUGCCAAUCAUACUUGGUUAAAGUAUUUUAUGCAUUAUAUGAGCAAUCUUCGUAGUUUCACAAAUUAUAACGACAACAACAGAACUCUCCAAAUAAUUAAUGCGUUUCGCGUUGCAACGCUUUAUAAUUUUCGGGAUUUUAAAUCGUCAAAAAUGCAUAUAAUGGCUAUUUUAGAGCAUGGUAAAUGUUCAGUAUUACUGUUUCCUCACAAAUAUCAUAACUAAAACGAAAAUUUGCGAUUCUGAAACAACUUUUUUCAAUUUCGUCAAUUUACCCAAACGUGAAAAGGCCCCUUUAAAUACAGUGGCAGAGUGUAAAAUGUAUUUUCAUUUACACAUAAAACAUAUCAUAUUAAAUUUGUUUAAUGCCUUGUCACAAAAUAACUUCUUAAGUGUCAUCUUCAUUCUUUGAACAGGUUUAGUUUUUUAACAUUAGUAUUUUUCAAUUAAUGCAAUACCUGAGAAUCGAACACAUGCAUAAAUCAAAUCUAAAUUUAAUUUUUACUCAGUGGUUGAAAUUCUUACUUGUAAAACUUAAAUCAUGUAAAUUUGGGAAGAAUAGAAUCAAUACAUUGUAAAAUUGAACUGAACCUUGCACAAGAUUUGAAUUAGAGUGGUUACCCCCAAGAAAGCCAUUACUUAAUUGUUUCAUUAAAUCUUUCUUGUUAAAACAUUCACACACUCUCAGAUGUGUAUGAAAUACCUACUUAUAAGUAUAUUAUGGUUAUGAAUCCUAAAUUAUAUACCAGAUGUCUGGUCUUCUGGAUGUCAAAGAUUUUAACUUUUCCAUCUGUAUUAUUGGAAUUAUUCAAAUAUAAACUUAGAAAAAUGUAUGAAUUUACCCUUUUUCCCUUUGUGAUGAAUCAGUUAGAGUGUUAGUAGAAUACAUUGACCAGCCAGCAUCCCAUUGAUGUUGUAACUUGCAUGGUUGUUAAUUAUGGAAGUUCUUGUGAAAAUGAUUCCUAGUAAGUGUUGAAUUUCAAUUAAACUGUAUAAUAGAA